AGUUCUAUUUUAAUAAUUGGUAGCAGACGAAGUGCUUCAGUGAUUUGACAUAGAAUAAUGAUAUCCCAAGGAACACGGAAAUUAUUUCGAGACAACAGUUCUGCUUCGAAAUCAAAUCAACGAACUGCCGAAAUUGCAACACAAAUGCAAUCGGAUGACUCUGACGAGGAACGUGAACUAACUAAUCUAAACUGGCUUCUAAGAAACCAAAACUUGACGUGGCCAAAAACCAUUGAAACUCAUAUAGAUGACGAGUUGGCCCAAAAUAUUGACUUGACUGCAGUUUCAAUUAGUGACAAGUCAGAACAUAGUCCAAGUCCGCGCCGAAGUCCUCAGCUGAAAUCCAACCAGCUAAAUCAAAUAUGCAACGCAAGGCAGAACACACCAAAGAAGCAUGCUCCACAAUCCAUAGUCAAUACAUUCUUAACAGAGCCAAGAAAACCACUUAUUCGAGCUGAUCCCACACCACUCCCUGCCAAGCGUCCAAGUCCAGCUGAGCGAUACGAUAUAUUUAUUGGCAAAGUAAAACGAGAUUUGGUGGAGUAUGAGAAAUUGGCUACCAAGUAUGAGACGGACGUCACAGAAAAGCCUCCAUUCAAUUAUUCCCACAUAAUUGGAAUGGCAAUGCUGGAAAACGGGCGAGUCACUUUACAGCAGAUCUGUGCCUGGAUCGAAUCCAAAUUUGCGUUCUUUAGGGUGCGCAAGAAGUGGAACAAUUCUAUUAGACAUAAUUUGUCUCUACACCAUUGCUUCCGCAACCGAAAGCGUGAAGAGAAGGGUAAAGGUGGCUAUUGGGAACUGGGAGUAGAUCCAAAAAAAUGCGACAGAAAGCGCAUUAGAAAUAGAAAGUCGGCUCAUUCCAAACAGAAUCACAAAGUGGAAAAAAAAAUCCAUUCACCAGGCCAUUAUUCUCACUUGAUCAUUCCGCCACUUUGUGAACAUCAAUCUAGUCAAACUACCGUAGAUCAAAAUACUAAUACGGGUAUUUACGUCGAUGAAUCUAAUCAUACUCUGAAAUCCACCGUAUCCCGGACAUAUCUUCACGCUCAAGGUCACAAUCAGGAUGACGAGUCCGUUCAACUACGCUACAGAAAAUGUUCCCAAAUGGUUGAGUGCAAAGAACUUAUAGAUACAGUCCCAGUCCAACAUGAGGCGCAGUCCUUUACCCUAACUGAAGUUGGACUAGACUUGGGCUUGUCAUUAUCUAGUGUCCCUAGUCCCCAAAUGUCGGAUGAUGCCAGCAAUGCGUUGGGUUCAGCUGUUAUGCAAAUGACAACGAUCACUAACGAUGGCAUUUGUCUGCAGCAGCAAUACGGCCUGGGCACUAUUAUUAUAAGCACCACUGGAAUCAUUGAGGAAGCAUCGGGACUCAAUUGUCUGAUCACCGACAAAUAUGGAUGUGCAAGCAUGAUAUGCAAGGAUGAUGAGCUGCCAUCUUCUUUACCGGGUGAUUCGUCGUUCUCUACUGUACUUACAUCGACUUUAGAUAAUGCCCCUUCGGAAUCACACAAAAACCAGGAUAUAACGUUGAUCACAACUGCAGAGUCCAGCCCUGUGCACCCCAGCAACAUUACCAUAAACUGUGACUACACAAAUUUCCGUCCAUUCAUGGAUAGCAUAGAUGAGCCUUUCCAUUAUCUCCACAGUGGUGCCGAGAUCAAUCGUGCUGACGAAAUUUUAGAUAAUCUACUUGAUGUUUGUGUCACACACUAUUGAGAAAUAAAAGCAU